GCCACUCCUCCCAGCACUAUUUCCAUGGCAGAUUAUCUUCGCCUGUAUCCCUAUCGAUUCUUCUCGUCCCGUAGCUCUCGCCUCCUACUGCUAUCUCUGCCAUGGCCCAUGGACGCGCCCAAAAGCUGCUGCCGAAGCUCCACGCGUUGGUGCCACUCACCGGCCGGCAUGGCCGCGGGAAGAACGGGGCCGCAGCAGCGGCUGAAGCGGCGGUCGAGGCAUGGUCGGCACAACCCGGAGGCGACACGCAGGCGGCUCUGAGGCACGGCCGCGGGCCGAUGAAGUGGAGAUGACGCCGAUGGGGAGAGGCCGCAGCGGAGGCUCAGGUAGACGGCUGCCCACGGGCCGGGACGGCGGAAGAAUCAGCAGCGGAGGCAAGGCCGGGGCUUUUCGACGACGGGGCCAGCUCAAGACGCAAGGCAACAGCGGUGGCCAGCCUGUGGAUCGGCGAUACAGGGCCACGGGGGCGAGCUCCGGUGGUGGCGGCUCAUCGGAAGGGGCGGUUCGAGGCCGGGGAUUCAGCGAGACACGGCUCCGGCGGGUCAGUGGCGCGGCGCCGGAGAUGCAGUUACGAACAGGAGCUUCAGGAGUCCAUGGACGCCCGAACCACCUAGGCCUCGAAGCUCCAGCACCGCCUCUCGUCGCGUGGCCGUCCAUGCUCGCGCCAGCCAGAUCCGGAGGGCCGUUGCCCUCGCCGUUCCCGCCGUUGCCUCUGCUCCCCGCCUCUGCAUCGCGCUGCAUCGAGCAGUGCUCGACCCCGCAGCACCCGUUGACCGCGCCCCCUCCACCUCAUUCGAUCCAGCCGGCCUGCAUCCUCUUACACUGACUGGGCCUCAGCCCACUAGGUGAGGCCACCCCCAAGCGCCCCUAUCCUGUGCAGCCCGGUAGACCAGAUUCGUCCCGGCUACAUUUUUUUCCCCUGCUGAUGAUUUUCCUAAUUUCCAAUGCAUGCAUAAUUACAGGAAUGCCACUGUUUUGGAUUGUUAAUAACUAAAUGUCCAUGCAUCCAAAUGAAACAUGUUAUAUAU